CCGUCUCCGCUCGUCUCCGCUCUAUCAGUCGUGCCUGAACCCUCAACAAACUCGCUCGACUUCCGACUGUACGACACGCAUCAACCAGAGAACAUGGUGACAAACACCAGCCAGUACGAAUGGCUCUUUCUGUGAAAAAAAAGCGCUGCUUUGGUCAUUUGCAACAGUCGCAUGCGAAGAUGUGCAUCCAAGAUUUCUGUAACAAAAAUAUGGCUGCUACGCCGGUCUCCUGGCCCAUUCCCAUGAGGGCUAUCGGAGCUCAGAAUCUGCUCACCAUGCCGGGAGGGGUCACCACAUCUGGAUAUCUGCACAAGAAAGGGGGCAGCCAGUUCAGCCUGAUGAAAUGGCCUCUUCGCUUCAUCAUAAUCCACAAAGGCUGCAUCUACUAUUUCAAGAGCAGUACUUCUGCCGCACCUCAAGGAGCGUUUUCACUCAAUGGCUACAACAGAGUCUUACGCGCAGCAGAGGAAACAACAUCCAGCAACGUUUUUCCUUUUAAGAUCGUCCACUUCAGUAAGAGACACCGAACGUGGUAUUUCUCAGCAGCGAGUGAGGAUGAGAGAAAGAAAUGGAUGCGGAACUUAAGAAAAGAAAUCGGCUAUUAUAAUGAUAAAAGAGAUCUGCCUCUUCCAAGUGAUGAUUUAGAUUCGGAGAGUAUAUAUGGGCAGUUAGAGGAGCCGCUGGACAUCAGUCCUGUUGAAGAAGAUCCUGAAGCAGAUUAUAUGAUAUAUGAUGAAGACAGCGAUGGAGACGAUGGAUCGCCAGUGUCAGCAGGUCGACCCACGGUUCCUCCUCCACCGUAUCCUCCACCCCCUGUUCCUGUUCAACCGAGAGAAAGCCGUCUCACGAAGGGACCGCUGCCUCCGCUCCCCCCUCCAUUCAAAAAACCGUCCUGUACAAGCAAAGGUCCUCCUCCGCCGCUGCCGUACGCCCCGCACCUAGAGAAACCAGACGUACACCUGUCAAACAGAGGCCCUGGUGGCCCCAUGCCUCCUUUACCCCCUCCAAACAGCAUGAAGUCCAUGUCAGGCCCGUUUUCCACAAUGCCUGUUUGCAAAAGGAAGCCGAAUGCCUCUCUGAUUGGGAAUAUGGCGGCUACUUUGCCCAUCGUUGAGAACUUGCAGAAAGUGAUUCUGAACUCGUCGAAACCAUCCAUUUCUAGCCAGCACCUGGGGGUGAAGCCCACAGCUGGACCCCGGCCCGUCUCGCCUCACCUGUCCGGCUCUGUCAGCAACAGAUUGCUCGGCCAGAUACCCAAGCCUCCAUUACCAUCCAAACCGAAACCCAACAGACCCUCCUUCCAAAGAGCAUCACCGGAUGGACAGAGUUUUCGUUCUUCUAUUGAAGAAAACCCUUUAAAAAAACGAGUGCCAGGCAAAAUUGAAGACGACUCAGAUGAUGAGGACUAUGAAAAUGUGAAUUUGCCUCCCUCUGUCUUCGUGGACACAAUGGAAACCAGUAAUGUUGAAAGAUUAUUUAAGGAUACAUACACCUGCCCACCGAACGGUCUGUACUGCAUCCGCAAAUCAGGAACAGGAAAAACAUCAAAGGUGCUGGUUGUUUGGGACACGGGUUUAAACAAAGCCAGAAAUUAUAGGCUCUUUGAUGAGGACCAGCGGGUGUAUCUGGAGGCAGAUCUGACCUUCCCCAGUUUAUCUGUCCUGAUUGAACACUAUCACAUCAACCCACUGCCCAGCAGUAGCAACUCAAUGCCCAACUAUUCCCUCUGUUUGCAUAUACCUUUCGGCUACGUCUCACCCAGGUGACAUCGGCCCCCUGUCCCGUGCCGGUCCUGGACCAGACCACUGCUGACAGCACUAUCUGCUGGUGAACGUCACCCAUCACAGCUGAGAGCCCAGUCGACUGGUCACUAGUCUGAUAUACUGUGAAUACCAAUGGAUAAUAAAUUAGUGCCAGUGAACUGUGUUCAUUUAUGUCCAGUGUUCAGAACAUUCCAGCCGGCGCUACUUCUCUAAGUUUAUGUCUCUGGCGAUUCACAAAGGUGUGUGUUCCU